AUGGCCGCUGCCAUAGAGGACGCAGUGUUCAAUGCUCUUCGCGGCCAUCACAAUGAGAACACAAAGCUGCCAUCACCGCGAAUUAUAAAGAUUUACAUAGCAAGCUUGAAAGAUGACUUCAAAGAAGAGCGCCGAUUAUUGCUGGAAGUGAUUGGACCGGAUCUACAAUCGCUCUACGAUGACAGACAAAUCGAGGUUGAAAUAGUCGACAUCCACUUCGGAACCGGCAGCGAUGGGUUGACGGCCGUGGACCUAGACCCGUACGUGCUCGAGGAUCAUCUGGAUGAGAUCGAAACGUGUCAAUCCGUUUCGAAGAGCAUAUUUUUAAUCGUACUGCUCGGGUCACGUGUGGGCCAUUUUUUACUGCCCACCAAACUCGACCCGACCGUAUUCGAGGCGCUGUCGAACAUAUCUACCGAGCCCGAAAACCGAUGCCUACGAAAAUGGUACACCACGAGCUGCCCGGGGACGAACGGGCGGACGACACCGGUUGAGCAGGACACGGAAGGAUGUUACUGGCUGGCCACGGACUACAGGACACUUGACCGGGACGAGUGGGCCGCGGAAAGUCAACAAUUGCGGGUCCUGCUGGAGACGAAAAUUGACGACAUUCUACGGGCAGCCCAGGGAAAGAACUCGACCGCCGCCGAAACGGACCUCGGCGAGCAGCAUUUCUGUGAUAAUCUGAAACGACUGAAAACCAGAGCUAUCGCACGGGAAAUUGAUAAGGGUUUAGCAAGCUCUCCGGGGCGCAUUUUGGCACUUUUUCGCCACUGGCAGAACCAACCGGACAACGGGUCCACCGGCAAGGACGACCAUGACGGCGACGGUUCGAGCUCACCUGGAAUCGAGCAGCUGGCGGCCAGGCUAGUGGCAGCGUUACCGGCCAGCAAUCAACAGACGCUAAUCGUUGAUUGGGCGGAAAAUGGAAUCGACCCGGAGCUGGAGUGCCACGAUCUCUACUUGACGGGCUUUAAGAACAAACUGUUCGAAAUGAUGAAGGCUUCCAUCGAUCAGGACAUGGCCAAGGACCCCAACGGGGGCAAGGGGCGCAAAAAAACCGUACAGGAAAUAUUUCACGAACACUCUACGCACAUAAUGAAUUUGAAUGAGCACCUGAGUGCAAACAAAUACAUCUCCUCCAAGGUUCCGGAGCGGAUACGACAGAACGUACAGAUGAACUUCCGCUCCGGUAGCCGACAUCCGCCGUACUUCAUCUACGGUGCCCACGGUAGCGGCAAGAGCACCCUGCUGUCGCACAUCUACACGCAGCUAACGGGUUGGUUCGAACACACCAAGGUUCACCGGGUCAUACGGUACGCGUCCGCCACGCCACGGUCGGCCUACAACCUGGAGCUGCUGCGCGUCGUCUGUCAGCAGUUGGCUAUCAUCCUGAACAUUCCCGAGGGCUACCUGCCGAAGGAUGCGUCAUUCGAUCCGCUGUACAUCAACAAUUGGUUCCAGAACCUGCUGAAGCACUGCGAGGAUCUGCACAACGAGAUACUCUUCCUGUUCAUCGACGAUCUGCACCGGCUGCAUCCGCUGGACUGCGACAUCGUGGCCGCCCUCUCCUGGCUCCCCAUCAGCUUGCCGUGGAACGUGUUCCUCGUGGUGAGCACCACCGUGCCGAUCGAAUCGCUGAAGCUGACGCCCAUGCAGAAGGAGCGCUUCAAAUGUUUAGACUACUUUUUCGAUCUCUCGCUGGAGCAAAACGAAACCCUAGUGCGCCGUUGGUCGAAAGCGGAUCUUCGCUCAGCGACCGCGGCGGUGGUCGGCGGCGGUGCCGGGGAGUCGUCUGGUGCCGGUGCCGACCUAACAUUCGCCCAGUUCGUGAACGGAAUGUUUGAUGCCAUGGAGCAGCGCUUCGGGGUGAAGGGUUUCAGCCGAUUGGCCGUCUACAUAACCUGCUCGGAGUACGGGUUGACCGAGACCGAGCUGCUGGAGCUGGUGAUGCCGACUCAGGAUGCCGACGUAGUCAUCGAUAGCCGCGAGGGAGAUUUCAACUUUUCCACAUUUCGCACGAUUCGCAAUCAAAUGAGACUUAUACUGCGAGAGAAACUUAUGUCCGGUAAGCUGCUGAUUGUGUGGCGGCACAGCAUAUGUGCGGAGAUAACGAAGGCACGCUACAUGACGCCGGACAUUACCCGUACCAUCCACUCCGAGCUGGUGAACCUGUUCUUCCCUCCUGACACGGACGACAGCGAGGAUAUGUCGACCGCGCAGCACAGUCGAAAGUCGAGUAUGCAAACGCAACAGGAUGACAACGUAACGCAAGUUUUGAGCCUUGGUCCGGACAUCUCCUACAGCAUACGGCACGUGGAGGAAGCGUGGCAUCAUCUGAUUAAGUCGGAGGACACUAAAAAGCUCAAAGAGAUUGCAGUGUGCAACUUCGACUUCCUGCUCGCUGCGGUGCAAACGGUGUCCAUAAGCUAUUUGCGAUGCCUAAUCGAGCACGUUCGCUGCUACAUCCUGGACAGAGACAUCGAGCUGGUGUACUACACGAUCCGGAAGUCGAGCGAUGUACUGACCCGCGAUCCGAUGCAACUUGGGGCACAGCUUAUAUCCUGGUUGAAGUCAGUCUCGGCCCAUGAAGGACCCCAGGCACUGCUGAGUGUUACAGUGCAGUCGGCGACAGCGUGGUGCGAUGGGUACACCGUUCCGCUACUGGUGCCGUUAACUGGGUGGCUUCCGGUCCCGCUUCCCAGCCAAAUACGAUGCAUGACCGUGCCGGGCCCGGGACCUGUCCGGUGCAUCGCUGUAUCACCGUCCAAGCAACACCUCAUUCUAUCGCCCAAGGUUGGCGAUCCGCAAAUGUGGCACAUAAUGAGCAAUAACUUAGUGCACACAUUCAAAGGUCACACUGGUCCGGUUACAUACAUGAAGGUCCAAUCGCAAUAUCUGGUCACGGCGUCCGAGGAUACUUCCGUUAUCGUCUGGGACAUGAAAACGUUGGCAAUAAAGCUGAGAUUACGAGAACACAUUGCUCCUGCCUUAUGCGCGACGCUAGCUUUGGACAACAAGUACUUUAUCAGUGGAAGCGACGACUCGAGCAUUAUCGUGGCCCUGUUCGAUGGUGGAAAAUUUGUAACAAAGAUAGAUCAUCACCGUGGGCCAGUGACGGCGCUUCAUGUGAGCUAUCCGAGCGAGGUCCUGGUCUCGUCCAGUCACGAUGCAACCGUUUGCCUGUGGUCGUUGGAAAACUUCUCGCUGCUGAAUUGCAUUCAGCUCUCACAACCGGUACUGAACACCCAGAUUUCAUGUGAUUCCACGUUUCUGCUGGUGCACUGUGCGGACAACGGUCUGUAUCUUCGCUCGCUGACCACCGGAACCGACCUGCACGCUCUGAAAGGACACAAAUCGAAGGUACGAGCGCUCUGCAUUGCGAUGGACAGCCAGAGGGCCAUCGUCGGCGGCGAGGAUACGCGUGCGCUGAUCUUCGACAUGCACUCGGGGCGCAUCAUACGCUCGCUGCCCCCGAACCCAGGCGCCGUGACGGCCGUGUACGUAAUGGAAAAGGACGACUACCUGAUCACUGCGGGUGGCAACAAGAUCACCUUCUACUCAUUCCGCAACGAAGAUUCUAUCGUCAAUUUCUACCCGAAGAAGAAGAAAACGCUCAAAAAGUUCCACCGCAACCGGUUGGCCCUCCAGUCGACGUCUAGUCCGGUGCUGUGUUUCGACCUGUCCCGCGACUCCACUAUGGCCGCGGUGGCCUCGAGUCGUUGCGUGCAGAUCUGGCAACUGAGCUCGCCGGAGCUGACCAGCAUCCUCGAGGGCCACACGGCCACCGUGACGUGCGUAGCCUUCGCCCCGAACUGCGAGUUGGUUGCGUCCGGAUCGGAGGACAAGUCGGUGAAUGUGUGGAGCCUGGCGCUCGGCACGGUAACCACCACGUUCAAGGGCCACAACACGUCCAUUACGUCGGCCAUUACGUUCAUGAUGGACUCGCGGCGCAUCAUUUCCGCCGACCGGGACGGCUGCCUGUACGUGUGGGUUGCCGACUCGGGCAUCGUGCUGCAGAGCGUCCAAGGCCCGCACAAAUGCCUGUCGGUGACGAACAACAUGAAGUUUGCGGUUUGCACCAACGGUGACAACAGUCUGCGGAUUUGGUCGCUGACACGCGAGGACGAGAAGUACACGGUGUCCCACUCGGACGAGAUCACGUGCUUCGUCAUCACGGCCGAUUCGCUGUACACCAUCACCGGGUCGCGCGACAUGUCGCUCAAGGUGUGGCAGACGACGGGCGGCAAGCUGGCGCAGGUGCUGGUUGGCCACACGGAUGCGGUCAGUUGCGUGGCGGUGUCCGUCACCACCAAGAGCCAGGUCAUUUCCGGCUCGAAGGACUCGAACCUCAUCAUCUGGGACAUACACACCGGCGAGGAGAUCCACACGCUGGCCGGCCACCUGGGGCCGGUUACGUGCGUGAAGGUAUCGGCCGACGGAACAACGGCCGUCUCCGGCAGCGACGACAAAACGCUGAUCGUGUGGGAGACCAAGCGCGGCCUGGCACUGACGUCGCUCCAGCUGCACGUGCAGUUCACCCGGUUCGACAUCAGCCAGGAGUGUUCGCGCAUCGUCGUCCAGCUGGUGGACAGCUCCUGCCUGCCCAUCAUCUGCCUGCACAAUUCACCGGCCAGCUACAUCAAACUGCCGACCUACUCUGCCCCCGCGCGCGACGUGGAAGACCUGCGGCCUGCCGGACCAAAACGGCCGGCACGGCGGCUGCUCAAGAAGGAAGUGUCACUCGAUACGUACACCUGGCAGAAGAAGUACGCCCAUCUGACAUCCUCCGUUAUGAUGGCACAGGUUGACGAGCGGCUGAAACGCCGCUUCUCCGUAUCCGCCAGCAUGGAGGAGAUCUCGAAGCUGGCCGAGGCGAAGAACGUGGAGUCGCAGGCCAACCUUGGCCCCGAGCAGGCGGCCCUGGCUCAGUCGCAGCACUUUGACCAGCUGGAGGCACUCUGGAACAAGCGAUCCCCGCCACGGCGCCGACUGAAUGCGUCACUGUCACGCCAAUCGUCGCUGGUCGAGGACCGGAUCGACUCGUCGGACGAGGACGAGUUCCAGGAGGAACGCGCAGGUAUGUCGAAGAAGGUAGCCCUCCAUCAGGCCGCGUCGCGUCCCUUUUCGCUUUCGGUAGAUGCAUGGAACUGUUCAAGUCUAUACUCCUCAACCACCUCUUCUGCCACCGCCAACACCCAGUACAACCAACCGUACCAUCACCAGUGGUACCAGUGCCACCAGCAUCAGCCCGACUUGCUGCGCGAGGUGUUGUUGCUCAAGAAGCAAUACUCGAUGCCGACGGGCAGCGGCGGCGAUCCGGGCGAAACCGCUGACGCCUCGCUCAAGUUGUCCUCUACGCAAACGGAUAUGCAGGCCCUGUUUCGGCACUGUACCUUCGGUACGCUCAGCUGCCACUCGCGCCGCCGACAGUCGAGCCCGGAAAGCGAUCAGUAUCACGUUCGCCGACGCCGGCGGUCUCGCUCGAUCGACAAUCUCAGCCACGAGAUGGCGUCGAUGUGUGUCAAGAAGUAUAAGCGUAAUUCCAUUUCCCGAUCGUGUCGCAUGCAGUGA